GAAUUAUUUGCGCAAGGUCGCGUUGGCUUGCCUGUGAUCCUGUUGUUGGAUACAUCAUCUUUCCACGGAUAUGGAAUCUUGGUGAAACCCCGCGUUGUUAGUUACAGCAAUAAGCGACCCUGCUAUUCACCUCCCGACGCGCUACAUCGUGUCGACACCACCGUCCGCGACUCGACCAUCAUCUCCAACGCGACUUAGAGCCCUAUAGGGCACGCUGCCGGCGCCAUGUCGAAACGCGGGAGGUUCAUGGCAAUUGCCGUGAUCUUUCACCUUGUGUAUAUAUACUCUAUAUUUGACAUUUAUUUUGUCAGUCCCAUCGUUUCAGGAAUGCGCCUCUUUGAGAUCAACCGAGAACCUUCAAAACCUGCCCCCGCAGAUCGCCUGGUGCUCUUUGUUGGCGAUGGUCUCCGCGCCGACAAGGCCUUCCAAUCUCACCCGGAGCCCUACCCGAAAACCGAUGACGACUUGACCCCGCGCCCGCUCGCCCCCUUCCUACGAUCGCGAGUUCUGGAGCAUGGAACAUUUGGCGUCUCGCACACUCGGGUGCCAACAGAGUCGCGUCCUGGUCAUGUUGCGCUGAUCGCAGGACUCUAUGAAGACGUCUCUGCCGUCAUGACGGGAUGGAAGCUGAACCCCGUCAACUUCGACAGCGUCUUCAACCGCAGCAGGCACACCUGGAGCUGGGGCAGCCCGGAUAUCCUGCCCAUGUUCGAGAAGGGCGCUGUGCCUGGCCGCGUCGACGCGUACAUGUAUGAGGCUGAGGAUGAAGACUUUUCACAGGACGCCACCCACCUGGACUACUGGGUCUUUGACCAUGUGGAGGAGAUGUUUACAGAGGCGAAGCACAACGCUACGCUGGCGGAGGCGCUGAGACAGGACAAGGUCGUCUUCUUUCUGCACCUGCUCGGGCUUGACACGGCGGGGCACUCUUUCCGCCCUUACUCCCCAGAGUACCUGCACAACAUCAAGGUCGUGGACGAGGGCGUCUCCAACAUAACCAGGAUCGUAAACGAGUUCUACGGCGACGACAGGACGGCAUUUGUCUUUACGGCGGAUCAUGGCAUGAGCGAUUGGGGAAGCCACGGUGAUGGUCACCCAGACAACACCAGGACGCCGCUCAUUGCCUGGGGAUCAGGUGUUGCCAAGCCCAAGAUUGCGUCCGGGGAUGCGCCGGCGGCUGGCCACGACGAGUUCUCUUCGGACUGGGGCUUGGACAAGGUCCAGCGCCACGACGUCGCGCAGGCUGAUGUUUCGGCGCUCAUGGCAUUCCUGAUCGGCGUCGAGUUCCCCGCCAAUUCCGUUGGUGAAAUCCCACUCCCGUACCUCACUGCUAGCAACAAGGAGAAGGCCGAAGCCACACUUGUAAAUGCACAAGGGAUUCUGGAAACGUACCGCGUCAAGGAGGAGCAAAAGAAGGGUCAAUCACAAUUGCGUUUCAAACCGUACAAACCCUUGGCUGGCGGGGCGCAAAAUGGCAGCCGUGGGAUAGAGGAGCGCGUCGCAGAUAUCCGCCGACUUAUUGACGGCGGCAACCAUGAGGAGGCUAUUGAAGAGUCGGCCGCGCUGAUCAAAGUGGGACUCGAGGGCCUCCGAUAUCUGCAGACAUACGACUGGGUGUUUCUUAGGGCACUGGUCACUAUCGGGUACCUGGGCUGGAUGACCUAUGCGCUCAUGACUGUCCUGGACAUGCACGUGUUGCACGGCCAGGUGCAGCCCGCGAGGGAUGGCAUGGGCUUGGCUGCUUCUACAGCCGUUCUUGUACUUUUAUACGCAUCCUUCAUCGCCUCCGGCUCACCCCCGACAUACUACGCGUAUGCAUUUUUCCCCGUCUUCUUUUGGGAAGAAGUGUACGCUCGUCGCCAGAGCCUUGUGCAAGGACGUAGGUUGCUGUUCGCCCAUAUAAAACCGGGGGCCAGCCUUGCGUCUUUCUUGCUCAAUGCCACUGUCUAUGUUGCUGUUAUUGUGUCUCUGGCUCAUGGAUACAUCCAUCGCGAGGUCCUCACAGGACUGUUCAUACUUGGUGCUUUCUGGCCGGCAUCUUAUGGCAUCUCAUUCCUGCAGGAACAUGCCAUACUCUCUGGAACGUGGUUUGUAUCUUGUCUGGGCAUGAGCACGUUUACUUUACUCUCGGCCAUCAAAGUAGAGAACCUAGAUCUUAUCCUCAUCGGAGGAGCUCUGAUGACUGCGAUCGGCUUCGCAUACCUGUUGAUGGAGUCCUUCGUUCUGAGGGAUUUCUCCUCCCACACACCACCUCCGGCCAAGAAGCACGUGAAUAGAGCUCUCGUUGGCGCCCAAAUAGGCCUUGUUAUCCUGGCAAUGCUUGUAACACGCUCAACCGUGACAGCCCUGAAGGCCAAGAAAGGUCUUCCUCUGGGCAACCAGGUGGCCGGCCUGUUUGUUCUGACCUCAUCUUUUGUCCUCCCAAUUGCAUACAGGGUUGAGCCCAACAACCAUUACCUCCAUCGUCUGAUGGUUGCCUUCCUAACUUUUGCGCCGACAUUCGUAAUCCUUACAAUUUCAUACGAGGGGCUAUUUUACGUUGCGUUCUGUAUCACACUGGUUGCAUGGGUCCGCCUUGAGCACGCUGGGCAUAUUUACUCCUCGCGACAGGCCGCCGCCGGAAAAAAAGCAAAUGCCAACGGAGCAACGACGGUCGCAGCGGCACAAUCAUCAGAUGCGGCGGGCGCGGCUACGAACGAGUACAGAGCUCUCACGUUAACAGAUGCUCGCGUCGCACUAUUCUUCUUUGUGCUGCUGCAGUCGGCCUUCUUUAGCACGGGCAACAUGGCGUCGGUGUCACAGUUCAGCCUUGAGAGCGUCAACCGGAUCCAGCCGAUAUUCGACCCACUGACGCAAGGUGUACUCUUGACUCUCAAACUCCUGGUACCCUUCGCGAUCUUGUCUGCAAACGUGGGCGUGCUGACCAGGAGGUUGGGCGUGGCGCCUUCGGCACUCUUUAUGCUCGUCAUUGCUGUCAGCGACUUCCUGACGCUCUACUUUUUCUGGGUUGUGAAGGAUGAGGGGUCAUGGCUGGAGAUCGGGUCUACCAUUAGUCACUUUGUCAUCGCGAGCAUGAUGUGCGUUUUUGUGGCACUCCUGGAGGGUGUCAGCACCUUGUUCGUGGCUGGCGUUAAGGUGUCCGAGGAGGGUAGGAGCGGUGGCAGACGUGCUACUGAUGCAAAAUCAGCGCCUGCGAUAUCUAACGGCAAGACGGCUACAAAAGCGAUCGACGGUUGAGCGCUGAAGUUUUAUUGAGUAUCGACAUUUGAAGUUGUUUGUUUUUCUUUCGUUCACAUCUCCGGUACGAAAAACUUCAAUUCGUG